AUCCUCAUCCGAGCGUGCAGGACGGGGCUGAACGAACGAGAGCCCUUAGGACUCGAGUGAGACCGUUUGUUGUCCCCUCCGGGCUCUUCCCCUCUUUCCCGAUGCGAAUGGGCUGGCCCGAAGGGGGCGGGGCCGGCAGGUGCCUUCAUGAAUAACUUAAAUGACCCUCCCAACUGGAACAUCCUGCCAAAUCGGCGAGAGCCCGGGGAUGAAGGCAGCAGAUGGAACUACGCCUUGCUGGUCCCCAUGCUGGGCUUGGCCGCCUUCCGUUGGAUCUGGACCAGAGAAUGUCAAAAAGAAAUAGAAAGAGAAAAAAAAGAAUAUUAUAAAAAACAUUCAUCUUUACAAAAAGACCUGGAAGCCAAAUACAGAGAUACAAUCACAGAAAAUCGUCGCACGGUUGCUCACUUGGAGCUGGAGCUUGAAAAGGAACGCAACAGAACCCUGAGUUACCGUGAAGCCCUCGUGUCCCAGAGUCGCAAACUAGUAGAAGAAAGAAGGAUGCUAGAACAGGAGCAGGAGAAGUUAGAGCGAGAAAAACAAGUCCUUUUGCGCUCAGGAGCAGCAGGUAACUUGUACCAGAGUUGUCUGGCAAAGGAAGAAGAGUGGCAAAAGAAAGCCAAUAUUUUACUAAGGGAAUUUGAAGAAGGACUUAAAGAAAGACAGGACAUCUACUGCAGUCUUGUUGUACCCAGAAGCCAGAGACUAGAAAUAGAGAAAAAUCUGCUAGUUAAAGCAGCAACUGAUCCUGUUGCUAUGGCUCUACACAUGGAAAGUGGCUUAAAAGAUAUUUUCAAACAUGAUAACUACUGUGGCAAUAUGCUGAACAGAAACAAAAGUCAAAAUGGAAGACUUAUGUGGCUGUAUCUGAGAUACUGGGAACUAGCUAUUGAACUACAGAAGUUCAAGAGGACAGAAAAGACCAUGUUAGGAAAACAGUAAUUAGGGGAACUAAUGGGAUUUCACGUGAUCCAUCAUGCAUAGUAGGGAUAAUCACAGUUGUAGUCUGAAGCUGUUAAAUUCUCCUGCUGUGCUUCCGUUUCUCCUCCUUGUUGCACUUGUAUUUGCAUGGGACAUGCAGUGUUGGUGCCUUUCCUUUCACUGUCUUAACACCAGAUGCUCUGGUGAGCUAUGCAUGCUCUUAAACUCUGUGAGUGUGUUUGGAUUGCAGACUGCUAUGUAGUAUAGAGAUAUGUCAACUUCCAUAGGUAUUAGAAGCAGCAAAACAGAACUACGUUUAGAGUGAUAUAUCUGGCUGAUGGUCAUACUCCAUCAACAGAGAAGGGUGAUCUGUCUCCCCCAAGUGGGGUAGGGCAUUGUGCUCCCUAUCCCUGAUGUUUUACAUUAUGUCUCAACACUAUCUUUUUUGUUUGUUUAAGCAAGACUGAUUUUGAAGCAGAUACUUGGAAGAGACUGUGUGAGCAACAUAAAUGUAUAUAUGUACAUUUCUAUAAAUAUAUAUGUGUGUGAUUGUGUAUAAAUGUAUGUAUUAGUAUUCUGAGGGGGGAAUAGUAUGAUUAUGUUUCAAAUUACUCAGUCUUGCAUUGUCUUCCAACUUCAUACACAAAUAGUACUUUAUCACGGAAACAUCCAAAAGAUGUCAAUUGAAAUAAUGCAUAAAGGAACAGAUUGAUGAACGUCUCAUUGGAGCUAGGAAUUUGUGUUUGAAUACCAGAGAGUAUAUAAACUCGAAGUUAUAGUCUCAUCAUACUGGAGAUAUGUUAGGAAUACUUAGGUUUUUCUUUCAGUCAAGGUUUGAGGCACCUAGCAGUGUGCCUCCAUUAUGGAUGUCACCGUGCUGCUGCCUCUGCAUCCCAGCGCAUGGCCCAGUACCUGGUUGUCGUGCAGGAACCUCCUGCUGUGAGUUACAGCCGUUGUACCUGGCUCUGGUCCUUGGACAGGUCUGGUUUGUUACUCACAGAUAGCAACCUACAUGCAGCCUGCACUGGUAACCACUGCCUCCCUCCCUGACUGUCUCAGUUCUCCCAGAGCUGAAGUGUGCUUGUCCAUGACUCUUAAAUUUUGAGCUUAGGGCUCACCACUUCAUGUACACAUGACCAGUAAAAGCCUACAGAUACACAAGUUUUGCAAACUUUUAAGAAAGAGGGCUUUUUACUUUAGUUAGCACAGUAAAAUAAACAGAUCUAGAUAUUAAAAAAAUAAUAAUACCCCAUUGCAUUUCCAUGCUUGAAGCCCCUAAAAACGUUGAGUACCUAAACGUUGAGAACCCUAAAAACUUUGGGUCCUUGUAGCAGUAGGAACCACCUUCUUUUCAAUUGUGCCGUGUAUUUUGGAGCAUAACUUUUUUCUUCCUCCUUUCUGAUGCAGCUUUAGACCUCAAAGGGGCAGUGUUUGCCCUUUUGUUUAUAAUAUCCAGUCUUCUCUGUUACUUGACUUUAAUUAGUGUUGCUAGGUUGUCAGAUCUUUAAUUAGCAAUUCCUUAUUUCCUGAGGGCUAGACUUGACAAACACAUUUACUAUAGGCAAUCAGCUACUGCAUGGCUCAGAAGCAAUCCGGCUAAGUGAAUGCUCAUCCAAGUUUAACAGAGAACUCCAGCAGAUUCAUUUAGUCUAGGCACAGAAGACAGCAGAUAAAUCUUUUCAAGUAGUGUGUGUGACCUAACACAGUUACUCACCAAAAAUAUCUAACAUGAAACAAAAUUCUUAAAAAGAAUAUGUUUCCCAACUACUCAGUUUUCCAGUUGUGAUUUUGCUCACCUUGGUGGUACUAAUUAUAAUGUUGUUUUGAUUUAUUAGUCUCUUAUGUACUGAUUUUUUAAUUUUUUUUUUUAAAUAAAGUUGUAGUAGACAGACCUUAAAAAAAAAAAAAAGAAAAAGAUACUGUCACAAACACCAGAAAUGCCAAAAUUUGGAUGCCAAGAGUAUGCAGGAUGGGAGAUGAGAAAGCAAUUGAGUUACUACUCAUCUGUGACAGCCUGAGCCAAGCUGCUGUAACUGGCCAUAUGCACAUGCCCUAAUUGCCCAGUAGAACAAAUUAGCUUGAACAACUAAUUACCAUGUGUGUAAUUCCUCCAGGAUGUGGAAGGUGUCUGACCACACAGCUGUGGUGCAUUUCAUAUGUACGUACAGACAGUUGAGCAACUUGGCUGACAAACAGUAGCCAGUGAAUCAAUGCCGAUGUAGUUAAGACUCAUGCCUUGACUUUGUACAUAUUCAUGAGUUCUUAGUAUUAAAAGAUCACAUAUUUUAUGCUUUUUCAUGGUUGUCACUGACAUCACUCAAAAUGUUUAAAGAAAAUGUGAUCAAGAGGGUAAAAGACUUUUUUUUGGUAUAAAUAUGUAAGUUGAAGCAUCAUAUGCUCGAUUGUACAGGGUUGGAUGCAGAGUAAUAAAUGUUUGAUACUUGCUUUCACUUCUUUAGGAGUGCCAAUUAUUUGUACAACUAAUUGUUGAACUAUUGUUCAUGGACACUUUGCAGAUCAGUAUAUUAAGACUGAAGAGUUAAUUUGUUUUGAGGAGGAUUUUUUAAAGUGUGUAACUGGUGUAGAAGCACCCUUCCUGUUAGUUUCUACAAAAACUCCUGUUUGCUGGUGUGUUAAUUUUUGAAAUACUCCGCUUUUUGUAGGUCAUUAUGUUGAAAGUUCUGUUGUGAGCUUUAUUUUGCCCAACAGCUAUUGUUCUGGGUUGGUUAUUUGUUUGGAAAUGCCCAUGUAUAUGUAGAAUGCAAGAAUAAUUUGUUUUCAAAAUAUUUAAUGAACUUUUUUUUGGUUAUGAAAAUGGUCACUCACCUGUCAAACAAUAACCAUUAAUAAAAAUCCUUGCAUAUUUA